UUCGAAGCGCUUAAUUAACCAAUCAGAACAAUGAAUUUUACAAAUUGACCAAUCGAAGAAUACUUUGAAGCAUUUGUAACAUCAAGUGGACCGUAGCCUUUAAUUGGUGCAUUUGGUACUGUUCGCUAUACUACGAUCUGCUACGUGAUCGUUGAACGGUCGCGCAUCUAACUAGUCUGGCUACACCCAUGAGUACAUACAUAUACUUGGAUUUCUCAUCUCUUCUCUUUUCGAUACAUAUUCUGUGAAUAUUUAAAGCAGAAUGACAAGAAUGUUUUGGAUCUCGAAUGAAACUGAUGUUUUCCAAGUUCAUGCAGUUCAUGCAUGACUUGACCUGUUGACGCGCAUUUUAUAUUUCCAUCGCUACGCAACAAACGUGUGAAAAGAGAUGGGAACUGACAUCGAUAGAAAUUCCUGGUCGAAGCGCAAGUUUAAGUGUGCGAGUCAGGCAGAAAUAUUGCGAUCGCAUCAACGGGAUGAUGAUUUCGUGAAAUACCUACAGGAGAAGCUGUCAGAGAUAUCGCAGAAUUUUGGAAUGCACAGAUCGUUCCUUUACCAGUGCAUUCGGUCCGAUAUUCCGCUCAAGUUAUUAUAUUUCGUUUUCACGUCGGGCAUGGGUAAUCAGACGCUGGGCGAGGAGUAUACUGGCAUAGUACAGGCCAAUUUGGAGCAGCGUAGAAUUCCGACGUUAAUUGUGAGAGUAUUAGCUGCAGUUUUAGAAUGCCUCGGCGAGAGAACGUUGCUCAAAUUACUGCAACAGUUGCAAUCGUACGUAAACCAUCCACAUAGGGAGUUGACCCCAACGGCGAUAACAUUUUUUAACGCCCUGUUAUCAAAGUUGCGCACAAUGAUACCCAUAAUUGUAUUAUUCCACAAAGGGCUGUUUUAUAUUUAUGGCAGGUACUACAGCUUGGGUAGGAGAAUCGCUGGAUUAGAUUAUACUAAGGUAUAUGGUCCUCGACCAGUGGAUACCGUUAGCUGGGGAUUAAGACUAUUGGGAAUUGCCACUUUAAUCCAAUGUCUGUUGAGAAUUUGGCAGAGUGGCGCACUGCAAGACGCUACCACUGUAAAUACAUCUAAUGCUAAAUGCAGCAAUCACAAUUGUCAAUUAUGCCUCGAGGCAGCAGCAACAACUGCAACGCUAUGUGGCCAUCUGUUUUGUUGGAGUUGUCUUAGCGAAUGGCUACGUGUCAAACCACAAUGUCCAUUCUGUAGAGAAUACGUACCACCAUCGAGAAUCGUCCACCUGAUGAAUCUGUAAUUUCCUGUGAUAAUAUAUUCCUUAUAUUUCUUAAAUAUAUGUACAUAUGUAAAGGAUUUCAGUAUGCAUGUACGUGACAUAUUUACGAAUAAUAUAUUUUCAAGCCAAUUACUUUAUCUUUAUCUUUAAAAUAAAAAGAAUGUUUAGUUUU